AUGGGGUUCAACCUCCACGCCGAUGGGACGAACGAUCCCAGUGAAGUCCGCAAUUGGCGCAUUCACAUGAUAGCGGUCAUCGCCUCAAUGAGUGCUAUCGCCAUGGGUUACGACACCUCUGUCAUAGGUGGCACCAUGGCUCUGGACUCAUUCCGCCGGGAUUUCGACCUUGCAGAUAGCUCGCCAACUGUCCGUGAUACUCUCCAAGGCAACAUCGUCUCCACGUUUCAGGCAGGAUGCUUCUUCGGCGCCCUGCUCAUGUUCCCCUUGGCAGAGUGGCUCGGCCGCAAGAGAGCAAUCAUGAUCUCUGCUCUCGUCUUCCUGGUUGGCGGGACUCUCAUGACAGCAUCCCACGGAGAGAUUGGGCUCCUGAUUGCCGGAAGAGCCAUCGCUGGCUUGGGCAUCGGUGCUACAUCCCUCAUUGUCCCUGUGUACAUUUCGGAAAUCAGUCCGCCGUCCAUUCGCGGCCGCCUCGUUGGGCUUUUUGAAAUUGCAUCACAGGGAGGAGGGAUGUGCGGCUUCUGGGUAAACUACGCGGUGGACCGCACAAUCUCAGACUCGACACAAACGCAGUGGAUUGUACCCCUCGGCUUGCAGUUGCUUCCGGGUGUGCUUUUGUUCUUUGGCAUUUUCGUGUGUCCUGAGUCGCCGAGGUGGCUGGCAAAGAACGAUAGAUGGGAAGAUGCCACGAGAGUCUUGGUUCAUGUCCGCGAGCUGCCAGCAGACCAUGACUAUGUCAGCACCGAGAUCAGUGAUAUCAAGCGCCAAGUAGAAGACGGCAGCGCGAAUCGUAUGUCAAAGUCUCAAAUGUUCAAGCGCUUGUUUGAGAAGGGCUCUCGCAACCGUAUUGGUAUCGGUCUGCUUCUGAUGGCCUGCCAGAAUCUGACAGGGGUCAACAUCAUCACAUACUACUCGCCCCGUAUCUUUGAGACUCUUGGCAUUACAGGCACGAGCACCAAGCUUUUCGCGACGGGCUUCUACGGUAUAGCCAAGACCCUCGGCAUGGUCAUCUUCACCGUCUGGCUCGCCGAAAAGGUCGGUCGGCGCAAUGGUCUCAUCUGGGGUGCUUUCGUCGGAUCCCUUCCAAUGUGGUACAUUGGUGGCUUCACGUUUCUUGCGGACCCUGCGGGCCAGGCGGCUGCUGGUAAUACCGACCGCAAUGCAUGGGGGUACAUCGCCAUGGUUUGCGUGUAUCUCUAUGGCUUGAUCUACUGCGCCACCUGGCAAGGCAUCACAUGGCUGUACUGCAGCGAAGUGUUCAGCUUAGACAUCCGCAUGCUCUGCGUCGCAAUCACAACAGCAGAUCAAUGGCUGUGGAGCUUCAUUGUCUCACGGACUACGCCUUACAUGAUUACGUCGCUCGGCUACGGAACUUACAUGUUCUUCGGCGCUCUCAUGAUCCUGAUGGGCGUGUGGGCUUUCUUCUUCGUACCGGAAACCAAAGGUCUUACGCUGGAAGAUAUGGAUCUACUCUUCAUGAGGAGCAUGCACACCACGGUCUGGACCGCUUUGCGAGAACGCAAGAGCGUCAAGGAUGUCUUGGCGAAUACUUCGCCCGCCGCUGUGUACGCGACUGGUUCGGAGGAGAAGGAGAUUCGGUUAGAGUACGUGGAUACUGUGGAAGACAAGUCAGUGGCAAGAUGA